CUUGAAGAUUGGUCUUUUGGUUUUAACUGCAACACAGGAAAGGAAGGGUUGAUUAAUCGGGCUAACAUAACUCCAAUCAAGUGCAUAGAUUUUGGCUGGGUUUUUAUUGAUAUGAAUCGAUGUCAGGCAGAAAACAUUCUAACUAAUGCAAUUGUUGGAAUGUAUUUAAUACGAAGCGAUGAAACACCAGAUUUAAAACUUUCUGUAAGGACUGGUGAUAAGAAGAAUGGAAGAAAAUGUGCUCACUUCAACCUGACAGACUGUAAACAUGAAUGGAAAGUGUUUCAAGACGCAUCAUUAGCAUCUAUUACAAACGUGAUAAAGUAUUACAAAUGCAGAUUUCAAAGUGCGCCACAGACACAGGAACUAUAUACUGGUGAAAUGUUUUCCACCAAUAAAGAACCAUUUGUAAAAGGGUAUCGAAAAGUGCUGCAAAGAGCUGAAAAGGAUGUUGCAACAUCCAUAAGAAGUGGGUGUGAUCAAAAUGGAAUCGAAAAGAAUCCACGAUCAACUGCAGUUUGGUUCCACAAACUUGGGAAAAUUUACAAAUUUCGCAGCCCGGAAAAAGUUUGUCUGAUCCAGAGUGCAACCUUAUUUAACGCAGCUCUGGUAAGAAAUCCUGCUAAUAAAUCAGAUGUUCAACAUGAUUUACAAGAUCUAUGUGAUCACAUUCUUACUUUGGCAAGUGCUAAAGAACAUGUUAAUUUGGUAACAACCUCAGAAGUAUAUAGUCAACAAAUCGAAGAAUUAAGAAGAAACACAAUUCAAGAUUUAGAAACCAUUUGUCAAAUACCAGAUACAAAAGAAGAUGUAAUAGCGCGAACGGAGUUGGAAAUGCAGAAAAUUGAGGAUAUGCAAAAAUUACAAUGUUAUAUUGCAGAAAGUUAUUCUGGUGUAAUGAAAAGCAUUUGUGAACGUUGCAUUGAAAUCUUGGGUUCACCACCAUGCAAGUUUGCUUUAGUUGGAAUGGGAUCACUUGCUCGCACUGAGAUCACUCCAUACUCUGAUUUUGAAAAUAUUAUUGUGUUGGAAGAAGGGGUGGAUAAAAGAAAAAGUUAUGAAAGUGUUCUAGAAUAUUUUCGCUGGCUGGCCGUUGUGUUUCAAACUAUUCUGAUCAAUUUUGGUGAAACCAUUAUUCCAAGCGUUGGAAUCAGCAGUUUAAAUGAUUUCUGUACAGAAGAUGGUGAUUGGUUCUUUGAUGCUUAUACAAAGCGUGGGGUUUCCUUUGAUGGUUUAAUGCCACAUGCAUGCAAAUCUCCACUCGGAAGACAAAACAAAACCAAAGCAAAACCUUUUAAAACUGAACUUAUUAAACCAAUCAGCAAAAUGCUAAUGUAUCUAGAUUCAGAAGAGGAUCUAAAGAAUGGUUACCAUCUGGCUGACGUUCUUACCCAAACAUGCUACGUUGCUGGAGAUGUAGAUCUUUACAUGGAAUUUGAAAAAUCAGCAAACCGAAGAAAUCCAGAUCGAGAUAUUUCAAAUGUCAAAAGUGCUUUACAAAAAGAUCUAAAAAAAUUUUCAAUCUUUGAAAAUUUGAAAGAUCUACAAUUUAGCAGAAAGUGUAAUAUCAAAAACAUGUUUUUUCGAACCAGUACGAUAUUUAUAGCAGCACUUGGGAAACAGUACAAGUUAGCAACAAACUCUUCUCACAACAUAGUUACAGAACUGGCAGCAAUGAAUGUACUGGACCAAACCCUAUGUGUCUUUGAUUCAACCAACCCUCAACAAAUAGAACAUGAGCUAAAAUUUGCUGUGGCAAUUGCCUGUGAACUUCGACUUAGGGUUUACAUGGAAGCUGAAGGUCAGAAUGAUCAUAUACAAAUUCAAAAAAAUCUUGAUUCUCAUCUUGUUUCAUGCUUAAGUAAAGAUGUUGGAAAGUCAAGCAUUGAAAAAUAUUUCGUAAUAUGCUGGAAACUUCAACAAUCAUUAUUACAACACAAUAACCUGUCAGUUACAGACAGUGAAACCGUUAACAGCGAUUGGUUAAUACGCUUGUUACUUCGCCAUUCUUAUUUAUCAUCACAAGGUCUUGAUGAUUUUUUAAGCACUAUAUCUCAAAACAGUAAAACAGAAAAGAUUGCAUUCAUGCAUGCUUGCACUGCCUGCUUGCUCAUGCAAGAGCAGCCAUUUAGGGCCCACAGUGUUGCUGUUGAAGCUUUAAAACUACAAGAGCAAUUAUCUCACGAUAAAACAAAUCAAGAAGAUCUUGCAUUAUGUUAUAACAAUGUUGGUGAUUGUUAUGUUGCCCUACAGAAGUUUCAAGAUGCUUUUAAACAUUUUGAAAAAGUUUUACAAAUACGACAGGCCAUGGAAAGCUGUGAAGUAUGUGAUGAAAAAACUACAGACAUACUUUACAAACAAACUAAAUGUUUGAUGAAGCUUGGUAAAUAUGAGCAAGCUAUGACAUCAGCCUCUGAUGCAGUUGAUAUUUUACAUGAUAUAUCAGAAAAUAGUGAUGCCGACCCAAAACUAGAUAAGUUUACAAAAAUACUAAAGCAAUGCCAGGAGUUGUUUAAAACUGUGAAUUACUCUGCUGAUGAUGCAACACAGGGUUUUAAUUAUGAAACUGUGUUUUAAUUAAAAAAUAAACUAUUGACCAACAAUAUGCAUGGUGGCAGAAAUUUAAGGACACACUAAUCAACGGUUGUAUAUGGACAAUCUUGCUUUAUGUUACGUUUGUUUAUGCAAACUGUGCUUUAUGUUAUGUAGUUCAAUUAUUAGCAUUCAAUGGAGUCAGUCAAGCUAACUCACUUAAUUGACAGUAAUCAUGCUUUAACAGCAUAUUAUUAUUUAACAUCUUUUUGAUGAAGUUUGGGUUGUCAUAGUAAACUAUUUAAUGCAAUUGAAACAUUUGACAUGCUGUAAAGUGGUGAUACAUACAGAUACAAUGUA